AUGGCCAGCUUCAUCCUCACCCUCUCGGGCCCCGAUCGCCCCGGCAUUGUCCACGCCGUCACUGCAUUCCUCGUCCAGAACGACCUCAACAUCAUCGAUUCGUCGCAAUAUGGCGAUGCCACCUCCAAGCGCUUUUUCAUGCGCACUCACUUUGCGCAAGCCAAUGGAAGCGAUGAGACUCCUGAGCUCGAGAAGCUGCGCACUGCUUUCGCCCCCACCGCUGAGUCCUUCAACCUCGACUUCGAGAUCCACCCCAGCGUGAAGAAGCCCCGCGUGAUGAUCAUGGUCUCAAAGAUCGGCCACUGCCUCAACGACCUUCUGUUCCGCCAAUCGACCGGUCAGCUCAGCAUUGAGAUCCCCCUGAUUGUCUCCAACCACCCCGACUUCGCUACCCUCGCGGCCACCUACAACAUUCCCUUCCACCACCUUCCCGUCACCGCGGAUACCAAGGCGCAGCAGGAAGCCCAGAUCCUGGAAUUGGUCAGCCAGCACAACAUCGAUCUGAUCGUUCUGGCUCGGUACAUGCAGGUUCUAUCCCCAACCCUGUGCUCCGCCAUGUCCGGUCGCAUCAUCAACAUCCACCACAGCUUCCUGCCCUCCUUCAAGGGCGCCAAGCCUUACCACCAGGCCUAUGACCGUGGUGUGAAGAUCAUCGGUGCCACCGCUCACUUCGUCACCAGCGAUCUGGACGAAGGCCCCAUCAUUGAGCAGAACGUGGUUCGCGUUAACCACGGUAUGAGCCCCAAGGAGCUGACUCACGCCGGCAGCAACGUUGAGAGCAACGUUCUGGCCACCGCCGUGAAGUACGUGACUGAGCGUCGUGUCAUCCUGAACGGCCACAAGACUGUUGUCUUCAACUAA